UAUGGGCAUUGCAUUUAAAUUAAGGUGCAGGGAGAGCGUACCCUGCGUGUUGUUGCUGAAUUGGAUACAAUAUUAAUAACUAAUAACUAAUAACAACACUUUUAAUUAUAAUUAUUAGAGUCAGAAAGUGGAUUUAACUAACGGGAAUCUGUAUGUAUUUAGAACAUUUGGGCGUUCAAAUAUAAAUUGUUCAUACGGAAGUAGAUACUGACGACUGAACACGAUAUUUUUUUAAAAGCGAUAGCCUGAACACAGGUUAAUAUUAACGGUGCAAACGUUUUAUUUGCAAACAAUUUAUAUACGUCUGCCUACAGUCGCAUUAAAAGGAGUGUGUCAAACCCCAAUUCAAACGUCAUCUGCGACUCGACCCUCUGAAACACGAAUUACAACAUUGUUAUAAACACCGCCGCCCCUGACAGAACAGAAGACGGUCUAUACACGAAAGAGCAAUGGAAAGUGCAGAUCACCCCUACUGGCCUCGCACCCUGUCUAUCCCGGGGUACCGGCCCAAUGACCGCAGCAUGGCUGAGAUCCUGACCUUCCUCUUCUCUGUGUCGGGGGCCCUGCUCCUGGGGACCUGGCUGCUGUCGGGCUGGGCUGGUCCGAGACUGGGCACGGGGCGCAGGCUGGCCCUCUGCUGGUUCUCGGUGUGUGGCUUCAUCCACGGAGUCAUCGAGGGCUGGUUCAGUCUCUUCCACCUUCAGAUCCCUGCGGACCAGCACUUCCUCUCCCAGCUCUGGAAGGAGUAUUCCAAGGGGGACAGCAGAUAUGUCAUAGCUGAUAACUUCACAGUGUGCAUGGAGACGAUCACAGCCUGGGCGUGGGGUCCUCUCAGUGUGUGGACUGUCUACGCCUUCCUCCAACACAAACACUAUCGCUUCGUGCUGCAGCUCAUCGUAUCGCUGGGUCAGCUCUAUGGGGACGUGCUGUAUUUCUACACUGAGUAUCGGGAGGGUUUCUCUCACAGUGAGAAGGGACACCCCCUGUAUUUCUGGUUCUACUUCGUCUUCAUGAACGCUCUCUGGAUUGUGAUCCCAGCUCUGCUCAUAGUGGACGCCUGGCGCCACCUAGCAGCAGCGCAGAGCCAUGCGGACAAGUCCAAAGGACCACGACAGAGGAACCACAUCGAUUAGAGACACGAGAACAACAGAACACCCGCAGUCACUCUGGGAAUGUCAUUGACAUUUUAACUAGGCUCACAAAACACCAUACUUCUACCUUUUAGAGUGACACAUUUAUUCCACUGUUCUGUAUUGAAACGUUAUGAAACCGGGUUGCAGGGGCGGUGCUACUCGGUGCGAUCGUUUUUGAUUUUGCUUUUUGAGGGUGGAGGUAGCCAAGCUGAGGAGAAUCGCAGCAAGCCAAACGGGUGUCAGUCAUACCUGACGCUUUCCUAUUGUUGAGUUUGGAUAGCUCUGCCGCCCUCAAUCACUACAUGUCAUUUCUCUAAAACAAAAGGUGUGUGAUAUGUUACGGUAUUCUGGGAACCCCUGAAGAAAAAGCAUGCAUAUA